GAACAGUCACAGCUGAUGACGUGGGCAAGGAAAAGUGGAAGACAUGGCGGCGCCCGCUGUAGAGCGCAAUAAUAACAGUAUGAACGAUGAUCAUCAGCCGAUAGACGGUAGUGACACCAAGUACAGAAGGGCAUCAGUGGACGUCAGCUAUAUGGACCAUGUAGCCGAGCUGGUGGAGAGAGAGAUUGGUGGCGACCUGAAGUCGCUGAGGAAAGUUGGUGGGCUUCUUGAGAAACUGACAGCAGAGAACACACUGCUGGAGGGGCAGGUGUUGACUGUAUCCAGUUCUGUGCCUUUGCGUGUAUCCGCUGCGCUCUCCGCCGCGGAGGACUCUCGGACCAAACUGGAGGCCCUGUUUCAGAAGGAGAGGCUUCUGUCCAACACGCUGCAGCAGCAUCUGCAGGGAGCUCAAAGCUGGGCCGACAGCCUGGGACAAACCCUGGGACAACUGGACAUGCUGGAACGGCACAUGAAGUACCUCCAGUGCUUGGCUCGCAUCGAAGAGCUUAGUGACAGUAUUCAGCAGUUCCUGAUGACUAACAGUGUAUGGGAGGCAAUCGAGGCAGUGGGCAGUAUGGCCACUCUGGACAUGGGCCUUAAAGAGUCAGGCUGCACACAUCUACAAGCAUUCCUUAGAGAAACAUUGCACUUCUGGCACAAGAUACUGAAAGACAAGCUUGCAAGUGAUUUUGAAGAGGUGCUGACACAGCUGCACUGGCCAAUAGUCUCUCCCCCAACGCAGACUCUUUCUCCUCCAGCCAAUGCUCAGGAGCUCAGCAGCCAGCUGGAGCUUCUGGUCUCCCAGCUCCUGUCCCUGCAGACAUCUGAUGACCUUAUAUCAGAGAAGAAUGAAACGCCCACUCGUCCUGGCCUGCCACAGACCCCUCCACUCUCACUGCCCAUUCAGAUCAUGCUGCUGCCCCUCAGUAAAAGGUUCAGGUACCAUUUUACUGGGAACCGACAGACCAACUCGCUAAGCAAGCCAGAGUGGUAUCUGACCCAAAUCCUUGUGUGGAUGGGGCACAAUUCCAACUUUAUGGAGGAGAAGAUUCAGCCUAUUCUGGAUCGUGCUGGGGCCAAUGUCAAUGCAAAGGUGGAGCUGUGCAGAGGCCUCCUCGCCCUGGCCCAGGAGAAGCUCACUCAUGAUGCCCCUCGGCUGCUCUACGACGACACUCUCUUCUGCCACCUGGUGGAUGAGGUGCUGCAGUUUGAGAAGGAAUUGCGCUCCACACAUGCCUACCCCAGUACUUACCCUGGUGCCCUGCACAUCCUGCUGGAGGAGGCUGUCUUCCAGAAGUGGCUCAGUGUGGAGAGAAAGAUGGCGGUGGAGAAGGUGGACGCCAUGCUGUCCACAGAAGGGGCCUGGAGCUCUCAGUACAAAGACAUCACUGAUGUGGAUGAGCUGAAAGCACCGGACUGCGCAGAGACAUUUAUGACUCUGUUGCUAGUCAUCACAGAUCGUUACCGUUCCCUACCCUGUCCUCGAGCUCAACUCAGCUUCCUGGCUCUACAGAGAGAGCUGGUAGAUGACUUCCGCAUCCGCCUCACUCAGGUGAUGAAGGAGGAAUCCCGCCAGCCGCUGGGUGCCCGCUACUGCGCCAUCCUGAAUGCUGCCAACUACAUAUCCACAGUUCUCAGUGACUGGGGCGACAACGUGUUCUUCCUGCAGCUUCAGCAGGCGGCCGUGUCGGAGGGAGAAGAAGUGCUAGGGCCUCUGGGGGCCACAGAGAGUGGACGGCUGGCAUCUCUGGAGGGAUCUCUGUUUGAAGGGCUGCUGGCUCUUCUAGAGAGACUGAGAGGUGACAUGCUGGGUCGGCUGCUGGAUGCAGUAAUGAGAGACGUGAAGGAAAAGGCCCAGCCUUAUUGCAGGGACAGGUGGAUCUCCUUGCCGUCACAGUGUGACCAGGCCACUAUGUCACUGUCCAGCUCAGCGUGUCCCAUGCUCCUGUGCUUGAGGGAUCACCUGCUCCAGCUGCAGCAGCUGCUCUGCCUGCCUCUAUUCCAGAUGUUCUGGCAGGGUCUGGCUGAGAGGCUUGACCUCUUUCUCUAUCAGGAUGUGAUCUUGUACAACCAUUUCAAUGAAGGUGGUGCUGCACAGCUCCAGUUUGACAUGACCAGAAACCUCUUCCCCUUGUUUGGACACUACUGCAAGAGACCAGAGAACUUCUUUAAACAUGUGAAGGAAGCCUGCAUCAUCCUGAAUCUGAAGGUUGGGCCAGCUCUUCUGCUGUGUGAUGUGCUGAAACUGGCAGAGGAGGGACUGGAGGAUGAGGCAUCUCUCAGGCCACAGCAGCCCACUCCAGAAUCAGCAUUAAAUGAGCUGGGUGUGUACAAGCUGGCUCCCAGUGACGUGCAGAUCCUUCUAAACCUCCGCUCUGCCUGGCUCAACCACUGAGGGAAGAACCCUUCCUGACCAAAGCACUACCGCUGACACCACACACUGAAACAUCCAGCUAGACGUGACAAACAACACUUCUGCACAGGCCGCACCUGUUUAGGAGGCAUUAAAGAUGGCUAGACGUUCUGAGUACUGUGUUUGUUUUGGUAUAGAUGGAGUGGCCAGGUGUCGACCAAAUUCUCCACCAAGUUUAAUCAUCAAAUAGUGAAAUUACUGUUUUGUAUUGAGAUUGCUGUUUUAAGCGGUCCAAAUUAGCCAUCUAUAUAAUUAUGUAAUGAGUCUUUGUCUUUGGAGAGGACUGAAAUAAAUUCACAAGAAGCGUGAA